GUCUGCGUUGAUGGCGUUUGUGUCACGGCUCCUCUCCCUGACCGUCGACACCUUCUUCGACCCAACACCAUUCUUCAAGGCAAGCAAGGCACGCACCGCACACACCCAGAGAGAGACAAGUAUCGUAUGUAUGCCGGCCACUGUCCAUCUCUUCCUGUCAGAAUGAUCGCACGGUGAGUGGGGAGGGCCGUGCGAGAAGUGCACCGCCCAAAUACACCAGGGGAGUGCCCAUGCGGCUCCAGAGACGAGUCGAGGUGCGUACCACCACAUCCAAGAGUGUGUGAGUGCGAUGGUGUGAUGAUGUGUGUGACGGCUGCCUGCCUGCCUGUCUGCGUGUAGGCCCGCCGGAUGGGGGAGCUGUGGGAGCUGCUUGAGCGACGUGAGUGAAGGCGUGGACAUUGCAGCCAGCUGGCGGGCCUGCGUCUCUCGAUAUGCAUGUCUGUCUACGUGCUGUAUGUAUGUCUGUGUGUGCAGAGCGUCAGGAGCUCCGUCAGAUGUCCAAGGACCUCCUGACAGUCGCAGCCCAAACCCUCGAGGAAAGCCAACGGACACAAGACGUACGCAAUCCAAUCCAAUCCACACACAGACAGACAGGCAAAGCACAUGCAUGUACACAAAUUGAAUGCAUUCACGUCUCGUGAUCGAUCCCCACGUGUGUGUGUGCUCUCGGUGUGUCAUCCAUUCAUCUAUCAAUCAGGUUGCACUCAAGUGUCCGCUGGCCCCAUUGGCCAGCGACAUUCCCGAGCUGCUGGACGAGCUGUCCCGGACGCUGCCGAGCCUCACCGGUGUGGAUAAGGGGCCCAUCGACAUCCGAGAGGGGUCGGCCGGCAAUGUGUGGCUGGGGCGGGAGAGGUACGUGCUGCGCCUCAUGAAGGACAUGACAGAGAAGUGCGCAUACCUGGCAAAACUCGAGAAGGCCGCAGAGAAACAAAGGGGCGGGGCGGGGGUGUGCCGCGACAUAUGCUAUGGCGUCAACCACUACGGUCAGAGGAUCCACGGCAGGCCGGGGUGGUGCUCUCUGUGGCCCUGAAUGAGUGCCAGAUGCGUGAUUGAUUGAUGUAUGGUCAGCUGAUUGAUGAGCUGGCGAGGCGAGCGAUUGGCUAGAGUCAGCUAGGGAGGCAGGCGGUGUGGUGAAUGGGAUGCCUGGAUGGACGCGUGAGUGAGUGAGUGCUCCCACCAACCGAUCGACGAGACACAGAGCUGAUGGCAUGGAUGGCAUGGUCUGCACGAUUCGAUUCGUCCAUUCAGUCAGCACAUGUAAUACCACUGACUGAUAUAAAAUGCAGGCAGCGAUAUAAGUAAGUCACGCC